GUCCUCCGGUAUCCCAGCAGGCAGUGCAGCCUAGAGACGCUGACAAAGGAGCGGAGGAGCAGUCGCAGCUGCUUUCCGAGGAGCCGGUGUUGCCGAGGCUGAGAUCCUGAAUGUGAAAGGAACAAGUAUACACAUCUUUGGAUAAUUUGGUAAAACUAUAUUGCCAAAAUGUUUGGAGUUUUUAACUGAAACUAAGAAAAGUCCAAAAUAGAUUGGAGACUGUAAAAACAGAAGCUGCAGCAAGGGGGAUUCAGUGCCAAUGCAUCAACAAAAAAGACAACCAGAGUUAGUGGAAGGAAAUCUUCCUGUUUUCGUGUUUCCCACGGAGCUAAUAUUUUAUGCAGAUGAUCAGUCAACACAUAAGCAAGUGUUGACUCUGUAUAAUCCCUACGAGUUUGCCUUAAAGUUCAAAGUUUUGUGUACUACUCCAAAUAAGUAUGUUGUCGUUGAUGCUGCAGGUGCAGUAAAGCCUCAGUGUUGUGUGGAUAUUGUGAUUCGUCAUAGAGAUGUUCGAUCCUGUCACUAUGGUGUAGUAGACAAAUUCCGCCUCCAAGUUUCUGAGCAAAGCCAGAGGAAAGCUUUGGGAAGGAAAGAGGUGGUUGCUACUCUCCUCCCAUCUGCAAAAGAACAACAAAAGGAAGAAGAGGAAAAAAGAAUAAAGGAACAUUUAAGUGAAAGUUUAUUUUUUGAGCAGCCGUUUCAACCAGAGAACAGAGCUGUCUCCUCAGGACCGAGUUUACUAACCGUCUUCCUGGGAGUGGUGUGCAUUGCAGCCCUGAUGCUGCCUACACUGGGGGAUGUGGAAUCGCUGGUGCCUCUCUACCUCCAAUUAAGUGUGAAUCAAAAAUUGGUGGCUGCUUAUAUCUUAGGUCUUAUUACAAUGGCUAUACUUAGAACAUGAGCAAGUAUUUCAGCCGGCUUCUGAAGAAAAUUUAUCUUGAAAAUAUGAAUGUGGACUGCCUUUAAUCUCUUUCACUCCAUUAACAUGCUACAAACUAUUAAAAGAUUUCAAAUGAUUGCAAAUGUGUAAUAUAUUUUUAAUUACUCUAUAAUUUUAUUUGAAGGACUCCAGCACAUUGUAUUACAGACAGCAAGGAUGCUUCUGAGUGAUACCUAGGAAAUUAUUUGAAGAAAUUCUUUUUUAUCUGUAUCUGUCCUAUGAAAGACUUUAAUUAAAGCAUUUGUUAUUUUCUCAUCAUUUUCCAAUUUACUUUGAUUGUUAAGGGUCAUGUGUUCUUCAAAGUUAAAGGCCUAAAAGAACAAACUGACCAGCCUAAGAAUAAAAUUAUAUUUACUUCCUAAGAACAUCAAUGUUACUAUGUAAAAUUAUACCUUUCCCUCUAUCAUUAUAAACAGUUGCCAUGGUGUUUCUAAAAUAGGAGUUUUAUAGUUAAUGUGUAGAGGAUUCAAAAAAAGGUACUAAGGGAUUAUGCUUAUCCUAGGAUCGCACAGAAGACAAGACAUAUUUAAUUCAUCUUGUAAACUACAGAAUGGGUUGUGGUCCAGACACCAAGCAUAGGGUUUUUUUAAAAAACCUAAUAGAGGGCAGUGCCUGUGGCUCAAAGGAGUAGGGUGCUGACCCCAUAUGCCGAAGGUGGCGGGUUCAAACCCAGCCCCGGCCAAAAACUGCAAAAAAAAUUAAAAAAUAAGGGAGGUGCCUGUGGCUCAGAGGAGUAGGGCACUGGCCCCAUAUACCAGAGGUGGUGGGUUCAAACCCAGCCCCGGCCAAAAACUGCAAAAAAUAAAAAAAAAAAUUAAAAACCUAAUAGAAGUAGAGUGGCCUAUUUGGUCUAAGAGUUCUAAAGGAAGGUAGGCAUUUGUUGAGUUAGUUGGUUCCCCCAGGCUUUACCUCUGGUUGAUGCUUUAUGUUAAUAGGGGGGAAAUUCCUUUAUCUUUUCUACCAAGCUCCUUGCCUGCCUGACUAAAAGUGACUUGGGAUUACCAGAUACCAAGUGAUUUAUGUGGCGAUGACUUUUCACCUUUUAAACUAUAAGCCAAGUGUAGGAAACCCUUGAUAGCAGUAUCUAUUUUAUAUCAGUCACUAAGACAUUUUUUUAAGUUUUUAUUUUUUAUUAAAACUUUGCCAAAAAUGUCCCCUAAGCACAACUAUUUACAUUUCUUUAUAGCCUCUUCUGAUCUCUAACAUAUACAUGCAGUUUUAACUGUUAUUGUCAUAGUAACUGAUCUUUUGUCUUAGGAUUUUUAUCUAAAAGCACAAUGCAUUAUUAAGAGUCUCUUGAAAAUAAUUCAGAUCUUUUUUACAAAAAUGAUCUUAUGCACUGCUACUGCUACCAUAGUGUUCUCAAAGAAUAUAUGUAAACAUAAAUGUAAGCCUGAGGUUGGUUCUUGCAGGAAACAGCACUCUGCUUCUAAAAAUGUGUGUCGAGUCUUUCAUAGGAAAUCCUCAUUUUUUAACCACUUGGGGAGCAUAAAUCAUUAAAUGGAUCAUGUCUGUACAUUGUGCAAUGUCUGAAAAGCACAUAAAUGUGAUCUUUCAAUUUGUAAAAAAUGAUGUUUGGAGGCUCUCUUUGUUUCUCUAUCCAUCUCCAGUCCUCUCUGUGUUUGCACAUGUGUGUAAGUACACACACACGUGUAUGUGUGUGAUAACACAUUGUAAAGAAUAGAAAUUACUUUAAAAAAAUAAAAGAAAAUGGAGACCUGCGUU